AUGUCGGCGUCAACUUCGAACCUCAAGGCGAGCCUGGAUCGGUGGUCAGCAAGACUGACAUCGCUGCCCAGCAUCGCCCUUCCCACCGACUACCCUAGACCCGCUACCUCGCAACUCGUACAAGCGCUUGCCUCGUCGACGCUCUCAUCCGGAACAAGGAAGGAUCUUGUGCGUCUGGCGUUGCACCACGAGCUCGAUCUUCAUCCUGCCGAGUACGCCGACGGCCAAGACGAUGACAAUGCCAGUCCGACUCCCUUCCACCUCCUGCUUGCUGCUUUCUGUGUGCUCCUGCACCGCUACACCGGCGAUACGGAUCUCGUCAUCGGCUCGUCCAAUCCCUACACCGGAGAACCACUCAUCUUGAGGAUCCCCAUCGAACCUAACGACCCAUUCUGGCAAAUUGUACGACGCAUUCAGCAGGUGGAGAAGGAGGCUGCUGGCGAUGCUGUCCCCUACGAUGAGAUCGUCAAGCGUGUCGAGGCUGAGCGCGCGGAGCGCGAAGGACCUUUGCCCGAGGGUGUCCAGAGCGCCCCCAUCUUUCGUGUUCGCUUCUUCGACGAGACGGGCGGCAAGGCUCGCAACUUUAUGCAAUCAACCUCGCUCACUACCGAUCUCACCGUCUUCUUGACCAAGCCAGGAGCCACUCCUGGAGACGACGCUAUCCCGCAGCAAACGCCCUCAGAGUCCGCGACGCCAUCGGCUGGAGCCAACGCAACCCACACAUUCCGGGACUCGCUCGUUCCUAACAUCGCCGUGCACCUCUCGUACAACUCACUCAUCUUUUCUUCGCAGCGCAUGCAGCUCGUGCUGGCACAACUGUCCCAGCUCAUCUCGGUAGCUGCUGCCAAUCCUGCAUCGCCCGUUGGAAGCCUUCCCAUCCGAACACCGCAGGAGAACUCUUUCCUCCCUGAUCCUACUAAGGACCUCGAAUGGUGUGGCUGGAGGGGCGCCAUCACACACAUCUUUGAACGCAACGCCCGCGCGCAUCCAGACCGCAGGUGCAUCGUGGAGUCACUAGUCGACGAUUCCGGAUCAGUGUCCCAGCCAGGUGCACCUGCCAGUCGUGUCCGCGAGAUCACCUACGCUCAACUCGACCGCGCCUCCAACGUCGUUGCCCACCAUCUCCUUCAGGCAGGUGUCCAGCGUGAAGAGGUAGUCACCACCUAUGCCCACCGAGGCGUCGAUCUCGUCGUUGCUGUUCUCGGUACUCUCAAGGCAGGUGCCACUUUCAGCGUCAUUGAUCCCGCUUAUCCGCCCUCGCGCCAGAACGUCUACCUGCAGGUCGCCAAACCGCGUGCAUUGAUCGUGCUAGCCAAGGCAGGUACACUGCAACCAUCAGUGCGAAAGUGUAUCCAGGACGAGCUCGAUCUUCGUACCGAGAUCCCUGCGCUUGAACUGCUCGACGAUGGAUCGGUGCGAGGCGGUGCAUCCUCGCAAGGAGGCGCUGACAGCCUUGAACCGCAACAGUCCAUGGCUGGGGCGAGCACCAACGUCAUCCUCGGUCCCGACAGCGUCGGCACGUUGUCCUUCACUUCCGGCUCCACCGGUAUCCCCAAGGGUGUCAAGGGCCGCCACUUUUCGCUCACUCACUUCUUCCCAUGGAUGGGCGAGCGAUUCGGUCUCGGUGCCCAUGAGCGAUUCACCAUGCUCUCCGGCAUCGCGCAUGACCCUAUCCAGCGAGACAUCUUCACACCGCUCUUCUUCGGUGCAGAACUGCACAUCCCGACUUCGGAGGACAUCGGCACACCCGGCCGUCUUGCCGAGUGGAUGGCUGCCAGCAAGGCAACGGUCACGCACCUGACGCCGGCCAUGGGCCAGCUGCUCAGUGCGCAGGCUACGGCGCUGAUCCCUUCGUUGAGAAACGCCUUCUUUGUCGGUGACGUCCUAACCAAACGCGACUGCACUCGUCUACAAGCUCUUGCUGCCAACGUUUGCAUCAUCAAUAUGUACGGCACCACCGAGACUCAACGCGCGGUUAGCUACUUUGCCAUUCCGCCCGUCAGCACCUCGACCACCUUCCUGCAGACCCAGAAGGACAUCAUGCCGGCUGGUCAAGGUAUGAUCAACGUGCAGCUCCUUGUCGUCAACCGCAACGAACGCACAGCCACCUGUGCCGUAGGCGAAGUUGGUGAGAUCUAUGUGCGAAGCGGUGGCCUUGCCGAAGGCUACCUCGGCCCUCCCGAAGUGACUGCCGAGAAGUUCAUGCCCAAUUUCCUCGCUCCCAACCUCGAUUUCCCCGACACCAUCAAGGAGAAGCCCGAGGGCCAGUUCUGGAAGGGCAUCCGCGACCGCAUGUACAGAACCGGCGAUCUGGGUCGAUACCUUCCCGACGGCACUGUUGAGUGUACCGGCCGUGCCGACGACCAGAUCAAGAUUCGUGGCUUCCGCAUCGAGCUCGGCGAGAUCGACACACACCUGUCGCGUCACCCGCAUGUUCGCGAAAACGUCACCUUGGUGCGUCGUGACAAGGACGAGGAGAAGGUGCUUGUCUCCUACUUUGUACCUGGUUCCGGCGCCACUGAGUUCGAGGAGUCCGUCACCGAGGACGAUGAGGCGAUCGCUGCUGCUGGCGGCAAAGCUGCCCGUGAUGCGAUGCUGGUCAAAGGCAUGCGACGAUACCGCACGCUCAUCAAGGAUAUCCGCGACCAUCUGAAGAGGAAGCUUCCUGCCUAUUCGGUGCCGACUUUGUUUGUCCCACUCAACAAGAUGCCGCUCAACCCCAACGGAAAGAUUGACAAGCCCGCACUGCCUUUCCCAGACACUGCCAUGGUGGCGGCUGCUGGCUCCAGCAGCUCUGCGUCCAAGGGUGGUGCCGACGCAGCGGCUGCUUUGGCCUCGGCUUCGCCCACUGAAAAGACGGUCAUCGAGCUCUGGUCGCGUCUGCUGCCCAACGCUCCUUCGCCGAUCCCGAUCGACGAAAGCUUCUUCGAUCUUGGUGGCCACUCGAUCCUGGCAACACGUCUAGUGUUCGAGAUGCGCAAGCAAUUUGUCAUCAACGUGCCGCUCGGUGUGGUCUUUGAUGCUCCCACUGUGCGUGGUCUUGCCAAAGCCGUUGACUCGUUGCGCCAGGCUGAUCUCGGUCUCGGUGCCACGCAGAACGGCUCGGCACCUGCCUCAGCUCAACGGACAGAGGAGGCAAGCUUGGACGAAAACUACGGCGCCGAUGUGGCGACGCUAACUCCCAGUCUUCCCGAGUCGUUUGCUGGCGACAAGGUUCGAAGCGCAAGCGAGGGACCUCGAACGGUCCUGGUGACGGGUGUCACUGGCUUCCUCGGUGCCUUCAUUCUCCACGACCUGCUGACGAAGCGAUCGUCGAGCGUCGCCAAAGUGUACGCGCACGUCCGAGCCAGGGACGAGGCCAAUGCGCUGGAACGACUUCGCGAGGGUUGCAAGGGUCGUGGCAUCUGGAACGAUUCGUGGGUGAGCGAAGGCAAGCUCGAAGUUGUGCUGGGUGAUCUGGCAGCGCCGCAACGUCUGGGCAUGUCGGAGCAGGUAUACGCCAAGCUCGCAGACGAGGUCGACGACAUCCUGCAUAACGGCGCGCUGGUCCACUGGGUGUACCCUUACAGCAAGUUGCGCGCUGCCAACGUCGGCUCCACCAUCUGCGCCAUCAAACUCUGCAACGCUGGCAAGAAGGCCAAGACGUUGACUUUUGUGUCGAGUACCUCUGCUCUCGACACGGAUCAUUACAUUCGCCUCUCCGACUCGAUCUUGCACGGCCAGGACCCUGCUCAGGCGGGCUCGGCGGACCACCUGCAUGGUGUGCCCGAGACGGACGACAUUGAGGCCAACGUCAAGGGCCUCACCACGGGCUAUGGUCAGUCUAAGUGGGUAGCCGAAAAGCUCAUCAUGAUCGCAGCAUCGCGUGGAUUGAAGGCAUCCAUCGUUCGACCAGGUUACGUUGUGGGUGACUCCAAGACGGCCGUCACCAACACGGACGACUUCCUGUGGCGCCUCGUCAAAGGCUCCAUCCAGCUCGGCCUGAUUCCGGACAUGCACAACUCGAUCAACAUGGUGCCCGUUGACCACGUUGCAAGAAUCGCCACGUUGGCGUGCCUCAACAACGCCAAAGAGCUCGACACGAUCAACAAGACGCUCAACACCAACGCCAAGGUGUUCCACGUUACAAACCAUCCGAGCAUCCGCUUCAACGACAUGCUGGGCGAGUUGAGCCGCUACGGCUGGAAGGUGGAACAGACCGAGUACGUGCACUGGCGUGCCAGAUUGGAGGAGCACGUGCUGAGCAGUGGCGCUGGCUCGGUCGAAGACAACGCCCUGUUCCCACUGUUGCACUUUGUGCUGGACGAUCUGCCUACGUCGACCAAGUCGCCCGAGCUGGACGACCGACACACGCAGGCGAUCCUGGAUGCCGCGUCGGAGGGACAGGCGCAGGGCACGGUGAUGGGCGUCGACCGAUCGUUGGUGGGGACAUAUCUCGCCUGGCUUCUGGCUGUCGGCUUCCUUCCAGCGCCUUCGUCCAGUAGCGCAGAAGCUUUACCGAAGUUCGUCAGCAUUGGUGCAGAGAUGAAGGCGAUCGGACGUGGAUCCGCCAACUGA